CACUCAACAGAGUGCUUCAGAACCACGACUCCACCACGUCCGAAAGUCUCUGCAGCAUCUCACGCGUUCGAGGUAAAGUUCUAGGACAAGCUGCUUCCGAUGUGACUCUCAAUCUUAAUGAACAAAAACAUUUCUGCUUCUAAAACAUUCUUUUCUUUCCAAGUUACAACACCAGCACCACCGGAUCAGCGGGAAAAGCACAAGAAAACUCAGGAAAUCUUGUAAAAGUAACGCAUCAAACAUUGCACACAACACAGCACAACCCAACAUCCUCUCCACCAAUACUGCUCUCUCUCUCUCUCUCACAACUUGUAGAGCACAGGUUGACUGAAAAAGCACCCACCACAACACAAAGAUCCAAAGAUUCCAAACAAUCUUCCGAACAAUGGACAUCUCUCAACUCUCAAGCUCAACCAGUCCAAACUCUAAUUGAUUUUUAGACAGAGAAAAUCUAGCACAAGAAGAAAGAAGAAUGUCAUGUCCAUCAUCAAACAGCAUCAGGUACAAUGGGAGCCACUGCACAUGCGCAGUUGGGUAUUUGCUAAAUCAGACCACCGACACCUGCGUCCUCUUUACAGCGGAUUCCACCAUAUCCACCGACUCCGGCAUCAGCACCGACGUCCUCAGCUUCUUCCCGGAGACCAUUUUCUCCUUUGACUCCAUUAAGAAGUUCACGCAAUCCCAAGCCGUCUUCUUGGAAGCCACGCUUGUGUUUCUGCUGUCUUGGCUUUUCUUUUGCUUCUUUCUAAGGUUUAUGAAGCUUGGCAACGAUGGCAGGAGCAUUUGGUUCAGGCUUAGAUGGUGGAUUAGCAGAUUGGAUGUUUGCUUUUCCACUAGGCAUUGGCUGGAUGAUCAAAAGGUAGUUAAGAAACGGAAGACAGAACUUGGUGGAACCUUCUCAAUAGCAAGUUGGAUUCUCUUCAUUGGUUUGUUUGCUGCGUUGCUCUACCAAAUCAUAACAAAGAGAACUAUCGAGGUACAUAAUGUCCGAGCAACAAAUGCACCCGACUUGGCCUCCUUCAACAAUGAUAUGGAAUUUAACAUAACCACUAUUUCUAGUAUGAGCUGUUCAAACUUACGUGAUCUUGCCACUUUAGUUACUGGAAAUCCUGGCUUUAUUGACUUCAGAGUGGCUCCUCUGUCAACAUUUGGGAACUACUCAUGUCAAAAUACGAGUAGAGGACCAAUGAUAACUCUGAGGUGCAACAAUUGUCAACCAAUUCAAGACAAUUUGUACAUCUCGUGGCAAUUCAUUGAUCUUCCUAAUAAUCCUGCUGCUGCUGUUGGAUUUCAGUUCAAUCUGAGUACAAGGAGUCAUGCUAAUAAAAAACAUGUUAGUUUUGUUAGUGGAACCCUAAAGAAUGGAAGCGCUUUUGAUGAUAGACCAGUUACAUUCAGAGGGAAUGUGACAAACAUUUUAAAAUUCAGUUUAUUCCCACGGAUAUACCGUAAUCUGCAUGGUCUAAAGCACAUCCAACCUCUGUUUCAUGACUUUGUUCCUGGUUCAUUUUUCCGUGACACAAGUCAGCUCCAAACAUCCCUUGAAAGUUCUAACGACGGAAUACUCAACGCUACAUUGUAUGUCAACUUUCUCUCUGCCUACAUUGUGGAGAUAGAUAACCGGAACACUAUGGGUCCUGUGAGCUUCCUUGCGGAUCUUGGUGGCCUGUAUUGCAUCUGUAUUGGCAUUUUUUUCUACCUUCUGGUGCAAUGUGAGUUUAGGAUAAAAAAACUCCGCACUGAAGAUAAUGUAUUGCGCAAGAUCAGAAAUCGGCGAAAAGCUCAAGAUCACUGGGAUAAAUUGAGGAAAUAUGUGAUGUACACAUGGGGCUGCAAGGCAUUGAAUGAGAGCGAAAAAAAGGGAUCUGGUUGCAUUGGUUUCAAUAUACAAUCAGUUCAUCGAAAUGGAUCAUCACACAAGCAAAGGCAACAAGAAAUGGAUACUAUUAGUUUCAAUAGGAAGCUCAGCUUACCUAACAAGAAGACUGCAGUUCAAGAGUGCUCCCACACUGUUGGGGGGGUGAGAUCAUUUACACCUGGAACUUCACUGAACCCUGUAGAAAGUUCAUCACAUUCUGCAGUUGAACCUCCUCUGCAAAUUGAAUUGCUUGGCUCUACAAAGGAUGGAAAACACAAAUGUGUUUGUUUGUGCAAAGAAGAUUCCUCCCUGCCUAAAGCUUUAACUCGGGCAAAUGAUGAUAUUAUUCCUCCACCAGUUUCACUAGAAUUGAAGGAUGCUUCUGAAAUGGAUAUGUCUGAUGUUCAGAAGAAUCUUAGAAGCUUGUACGAGUACAAUGUUAUGCUUAGGGAAAAGUUAAUAGCUACUCAGUCUUUGUUCCAUUCUUUACCUACAAAUUCCGCAUCCUCAGUAACAGAAGGCGAAACGUAGUAUUGAAUAGCAUAUGAACCACACCUUACCACAUAUCCAUUUAUGUAAAUUUAUUACUUUUAUUUGUUAUCCUGGUAAAAUAGUUCAAGGGUAUUGUUGGGUAGUUCACAGUUUUGAAACUUGCUUGUCGUCUAAUGUUGCAGGCAUGUUAAUGCAAAGUGAUAAGCUUUCAAUCA